AUGGACUACACAUGUAGAAAAUGGGCAAUUACUGGCAUUCCUUGUACGCAUGCCACAACUGCAAUAAAAUUUCUGAACAUCAAUUUAGAAGAUUACAUUGCCCACUGGUUUAGGAAGUCCACCUAUGAAGAGACUUACAACGUCAUAAUUAACCCCAUCAAUGGUCAACAUAUCUGGGAGGUUACACCCUAUUCAGAUAUAUUACCACCAAAGAAGAAGACAAUGCCAGGAAGGCCCAAGAAGAAACGAAGACUGAAGGAGUGGGAGUUGAAGAAGAAUGACAGUGAAUUAAGAAAGGGUGGGCAAAGAAAAAGAUGUGCCAUCUGCAAAGAACUUGGACACAACAAAAAGGUUGUCCACAAAGACCUACUGCCCAAUCUCCUGCUGAACAAACACAAGUCACCCAAGCUCCACCAACAGAUGUUCCAAUAA